CCCUCGCCUCUUCUCUUUUGUUUUACCUGCUGCGGAAUGCGGUCCACGACUAUGGAUCUUCGAGAGAUUACUUAAAAAAACACACACACACAAAUCUUGCAGCAGCCUCCACACCUGGGAUUCUCCUCCAUAGCGUGUGCCGUCAGCCGUGUACUACUGGCCUCCACGGCUCCACCCGCCUUUGGUUGGAUUCCUGUUGCCGCUUCCUCCUCCCGUGAUCGGCCGCAUUGCGCUGAGGGAUUCUCGUUCGCUUUUUCCCGACGCCGCCUGCGGCAGCGGUACUAUUUACUGCUCCGCUCUUUCGGCGGUUUCUUCGUCUGCUGCCUUCCCAGUUUGCUAGCUCUUAUCCGGAAUGGAUGCCGGAGCGGGGGGAGCUAUAUGAGUGAUUCCUUCUCCUUCCCGUCUCUUGGAUUGCCUCCGUUUUGGUUCUUUGGUGGGCGGCCAUGGCGAACGGCGGCGAGCAAUCGGCGAUCACGGCGGCCGUGGAGCGGGGCCGCGUGAGCGGCGUCUCCCGGCGGCUCGCGGGGGAGGAGAGCUCCGACAACGACGACGAGGGGAGCCAGCGCUUCUCGGACGCCGAGGAUCGGUCCUGGCACUCUCACUCGCGCCAAGGCUCCGCCUUGGAGUUGGAGGACUGUAUCUCCACGUCCGCGCCCAUCAGCCGCGACGCCGGCGCCGCCAGUGCCGGCGGCGGGGACACGGCCACGGCCACGGCCACGGCCGAGCGCGCCAGGAAGUCGGGCGUGUCGGAGUGCUCGCUGGACGGCGUCGUCGACCUGGAGGCCGGGCUGGCUGAGAUCGUCAAGGCCAGCCCGGACAAGGCCGAGAGGAACUGCCGCAUCUGCCACCUCGGCCUCGACAGCGCCUCCGCCGAGUCCGGCGCCGGCAUCGUGCUCGGCUGCUCCUGCAAGGACGACCUCUCGCGUGCCCACAAGCAGUGCGCCGAGACCUGGUUCAAGAUCAGAGGCAACAAGAUCUGCGAAAUCUGUGGCUCAACCGCAUGCAACGUGGCAGGUUUCUGUGAUGCGGAGUUCAUCGAGCAGUGGAAUGAAUCAAGCAACACUGCAUCUGCCCAGGCAACAGCCACUGAGCCUCGUAGAUUUUGGCAAGGGCACCGGUUCCUCAACUUCCUCCUCGCUUGCAUGAGGAAGCAUGGGGAAGUUUCAGAAUUCAAACUGGCUGAGCAUGAGAAAACAACUGGAGAUGGACAAGAGUUGCUUUGGUGAAAUGAAGGGUAGUGUUAAUUCUGCAGGGAGGAAGGGGAAAGCUGGCAAUUCUGUAAAUAUUGGUUGAGUGGUGGUGAAUGAGGAGUGGAACUUAUUUUCGAUUGCGUCAUGCUUCCAUGAUUUAUUGAUUUGUGUACCUUCUGGUUAAGUAGAUUAUUAGAUAUUCUUGUCUUCUAGCUUAGUUGGUUAUAUUCUUUGUGGUGGAAUACAUCUAUCCAGGUCGGACAUUAGCUUGUUU